UUUACAACUUGAUCAUCACUAUCAUAUUUUACACUCCUACUUCACAACAUUUCUUUCUUAUCAUCAUUAAAAUUCUUCCAUCUUAGUCACCCCCAUCAAUAAAUCAUCAUGGCACAAGAAGAAGAUGGUGGGUCCACUGACCAAAAACUUGAUGCUACUGCAAAAACUUAUGAUGAAGCAAUGGACAAUUUGUCAUCUUUAAUUACCCAGAAAUAUCGUGCCGAUGUUUCGAAUAGCGGCAACAACUUUAAUCUCAUGUUUGACUAUGUUAAGAUUUUGGAUUUAGAGGAGGCGAUUUCAAAGAUGAAGAUCAUUCAUGUUGCAGGCACGAAAGGAAAGGGAUCAACAUGCACAUUUACUGAGGCAAUAUUACGCAAUUGUGGUUUUCGCACCGGGCUAUUCACAUCUCCUCACCUUAUUGAUGUUAGAGAAAGAUUUCGGUUAGAUGGUGUGGAUAUAUCUGAAGAGAAGUUUUUGGCAUACUUCUGGUGGUGUUGGGAUAGACUGAAGGAACAAUGCAGUGAUGAGAUACCUAUGCCAAAUUUAUUUCGCUUCCUCGCUUUACUUGGUUUCAAGAUUUUUGCAGCAGAGCAAGUAGAUGUUGCUAUUAUGGAGGUUGGACUAGGUGGAAAGUUUGAUGCAACGAAUGUGGUUCAGACACCCGUCGUAUGUGGUAUUGCAUCCCUAGGGUAUGAUCAUACAGAGAUUUUGGGAGAUACUCUUGGAUUAAUUGCUGGGGAGAAAGCUGGUAUCUUUAAGAAAGGUGUUCCUGCAUUUACUGUACCCCAACCUGACGAAGCUAUGGAAGUGCUCAAGGAGAAGGCUUCACAAUUAGAUAUACCUCUUGAAGUAGCACAUCCUUUGGAUGGCAAAUUACUGAAGGGAUUACAUCUUGGGCUUGUAGGUGAUCACCAGUAUCUAAAUGCCGGACUUGCCAUCAAGUUAUGCUCUACAUGGCUCCAACGUACUGGUCAUCUAGAACCUGAUUCCAUGGACCAAAAUAGUUCACUGCCUCAUCAGUUCAUCAAAGGGCUAACAACAGCAAUGUUACAAGGCCGGGCCCAAAUAGUUCCUGAUCCUACCCUUGAUAUUGAAAGUUAUGGAGAACUGGUGUUUUAUUUGGAUGGGGCACAUAGUCCUGAAAGCAUGGAAGUUUGUGCAAAAUGGUUUUCUCUUGCUAUCAAAGAAGAUGAUAGACAACAGAGCUGUUCUAGUAACCAGGAACUUGAUAAUUCCAGAACAUCAGAAGUACCUCUUAGCCAUGGUGAAACUACUAGCAAGGAUUCUGCACAGAUAUUAUUGUUCAAUUGUAUGUCAGUGAGAGACCCCCAGCUACUCCUUUCACGGCUGAUGAAAACAUGUGGUUCUCAUGGUGUCAGCUUUAACAAGGCACUAUUUGUGCCAAACAUGUCCCUUGUCACCAAAGUUGCAUCGAGCUCAUCAUUGCCAUCAACUAUUUCUGUAGAUAUAUCGUGGCAGCUCACUCUUCAAAGAGUAUGGGAGAACAUGAUACUGGGUGAAAGAGGGAAUACCAAUAACGUUGACUUGGUUCCUAUUGAGAGCAAAGAUCAUACUGAGAUGAGCUAUAAGAGUUGCGAAAAUAGUGUGGUAUUUUCGUCCCUUCCUUUGGCUAUUAAGUGGUUGAGAGAUGCAGCUAAAGAAAAUAGAUCUGUGCGACUGAAGGUUCUUGUCACCGGUUCAUUGCAUUUGGUUGGCGAUGUUAUUAAAUUACUGAAGAAAUGAGUUUCCUGACCUUUUGAUGGAUCGAUAACAAUUGUGCACUAUGAAUGCCAUAACUAAAGAAUAUCCAAACAUCGAUUGGGUACAGUAUACGGGAUCAUACAUCAUAGGUAGUUCACAAAAAAGUUCCAAAACAACAUUGUCUUGAGGGUGCAAAAUGCAAAUGCAAACACACAUACAUGAUCUUUUCCUCUUUCUUUUCCAGUUUUUAAUGCUGUUGGUUAUAUGGCAAAUGUCAAUUAUAAGACCCUUUUUUUUACUGAUUGGAACUUGUAAAGGCCUUGAUUUGGCUGUUGCUGGUUUUGAAUUGUUAUUGAAAUGUUUUUAAGACGCGUGUAUACUCUUAGAGUGAAAUAUAUCAACAAUUUAUAUUUGGAUA